UAAACUCAGUUCAUUGUUGGUUUCGGACAGAAUAUAUUCAAAAUUCAAGAUGGCUAGAUGUUACGAUGGUGUCUUAGACUUUUGUCGUUAACUUUAUUUGCUUUGUGUGAAAAAGUGCUGUUUUCGUCAUGGCUGACUUAAGUGUUGAUAUAUCAAAGUUGCCCGACGAGAUAAGAGACAAGUUGGCUGAGUUGGACUUGGAGUUGUCUGAAGGUGACAUCACACAAAAAGGAUAUGAGAAGAAACGCACCCGACUUCUCGCGCCCUACACGGCGCAACAGCAGCCUCAAGCAGGCAAUCAACUGCCUCGCGGGCCUCGCGGCGACAGUGGCAGCAGCCGCCAGCUCACAAGGAACCGACGGACACAUCGACGGGUCACGCACAACGAGAAGAGAUACCACUCAGAAGUGCGACAGGAGGCAGUCCAGCAGGCGCUCGCUGAAAUGCAGAACAGACCAAAACCAUCGCUCCCAAUGCCAUCGAAACGAACAUCAAUGAUGGCGAAGAGUCCUGACAGAGAAAGACACGAUCUUUCGUCAAGUUCAGACGAAGAUUCGUGUGCUGGAGACUCGGAGCUGCCGCCACCGCCCGAGUUGGGCUCUCCUCCCGCCCGCCGUCCCGCCGCCCCGCACCCCCGCGCCCAUCCGCACCCUCUACCGCAGCUUCACUACCCGAGGGAGAAGAAACAUGCACCCAGGGAAAAGACAGAGAUUGACCUUUCUGAAAUAAUACAUUUACCUACAUAUAUUCAGCCUGACGUAACACACACGACGUCGGGGGCCCGCCGCGGCGGCGCUCACAUCGCAGACCGCGUGCAAUGCUACGCGCAACCUGAGGACACUGGCACCGGCACUGGCAGAUGGAAGGUGUCGGCCAAAAUACAACAACUCCUUAACACGCUCAAGCGGCCUAAACGCAGGCCGUUGCCAGAAUUCUACGAAGACGAUGACAUAGAGUUGGAGAUUGCGGCGAAUCCAAAAGAUCCAAACGCGCCGAAACCAGAAGGCGGCACCAUGACUCCAGCCGUCGGCGAACAGCUUGUAGUACCGGCUGGAUUACCGAGGAACCUGGAAGCAGCUCUCCAGAGAUACGGAACAGCGUCUUUUAAAGCUAAUGUCGCCACGGUACUCGAUCCAAACGGGAAACUCAGUAAUUCACUCACAUUUGGGAAGCUACUGAGCCGGUCGCUGAAAAUAGCGCACGCAGUAUUAAAUAGAACGUUCACAUCGAAAAGCAGUAGCGGCGGCCCACUUACGGGGGACAAUUCAAUUAAGCCCGGCGACAGGGUGGCGUUAGUGUAUCCCAACAAUGACCCAAUCAAUUUCAUGUGCGCCUUUUACGGCUGUCUGCAAGCGGGCAUCGUUCCCGUGCCUAUAGAAGUGCCAUUGACGAGACGCGACGCGGGACUCCAACAAGUCGGCUUCCUGCUCGGCUCCUGUGGGAUCCAGUACGCUCUCACUUCUGAUGCCUGCUUGAAAGGUUUACCAAAAACAUCAUCCGGUGAUGUGGUAUCUUUUCGGGGCUGGCCAUCAUUGCAGUGGGUGUCUACGGAGAAGCUUCCCAGACCGCCUCGGGACUGGAUCCCACCGCCGCGACCUUCAGAAGAUUGUCCAGCGCACAUUGAACAUACGUCCGCUGCAGAUGGAUCGGCUAUGGGCGUCAUUGUUACGAGGUCGUCAAUGCUAGCGCAAUGUCGAAUGCUUUCGGUGGCAUGCAACUACACAGAAGGGGAGCACAUGGUCUGCGUGCUGGACUUCAAACGCGAGACUGGCUUGUGGCACGCGGUACUGGCGAGCGUAUUGAAUGGAAUGCACGUCAUAUUCAUACCGUACGCCCUUAUGAAAGUCAGCCCGGCGUCGUGGAUGCACAUGAUUACAAAAUAUAGGGCGUCAGUAGCGAUUGUCAAAUCGCGUGAUCUUCACUGGGGUCUACUCGCAACACGCGACCACAAGGAGAUCUCCUUGAGCUCUUUGAGGAUGCUGCUAGUGGCAGACGGCGCAAACCCUUGGUCCUUGUCUUCGUGCGACCAAUUCCUUUCCGUAUUUCAAAGUAAAGGUGUACGCGGCGACGCGAUAUGCCCAUGCGCUUGCAGCAGUGAGUCACUGACGGUGUGCGUCCGGCGCGCUGGACGCGGGGGCUCCUCCGCCGGACGGGGCGUGCUCUCCAUGUCCGGCCUCUCCUACGGGGUUGUCAGGGUGGACGCGGAGAACUCACUGACAUCCCUCACCCUCCAGGAUUGCGGACAAGUUAUGCCAUCGUGUGUAAUCGUAGUUGUGAAAAUGGAGGGGCCAGCGUAUCUUUGCAAGACGGACGAAGUGGGUGAAAUUUGCGUACUGUCCGGGGCGACCGGUUCCGGUUAUUGGGGACUGCCGGGCCUGACUAACACCGUGUUCCGAGUGCAACCGCUCGACUCUGACGGAGAGCCGAUCGGUGAAGAGCAUUACGUCCGCAGCGGACUACUUGGAUUCCUUGGCCCUGGUGGUUUGGUGUUCGUGUGCGGCUCGCGGGACGGUCUCAUGACGGUUACGGGACGUAAACACAACAUGGACGACAUAAUAGCCACAGUUCUGGCCGUAGAGCCUAUGAAGUUCAUAUACAGGGGGCGGAUAGCUGUGUUCUCCGUCCGAGUGUUGAGAGACGAACGCAUCUGUAUUGUGGCCGAGCAGCGACCUGACUGCGGGGAGGAAGAGUCUUUCCAGUGGAUGUCCCGGGUUUUGCAAGCGGUGGAUUCAAUACAUCAAGUGGGCAUAUACUGCCUAGCGCUGGUGCAGCCGAACUAUCUCCCAAAGACACCCUUAGGCGGCAUACACCUCAGCGAAUGCAAGCGACGAUUCCUCGAAGGCACCCUGCACCCUGCCAAUGUGCUCAUGUGCCCUCACACUUGUGUCACCAACUUACCUAAACCCAGGGAAAUUCAUUCAGCAGAUGUUGGGCCGGCCUCAGUGAUAGUUGGUAAUCUAGUGCAAGGCAAUCGACUCGCUUCUGCUCAAGGCCGUGACAUGGGAUACACAGAUGACUCUGAUGCAGCUCGAAAGUAUCAAUUCAUAUCCCAAAUACUCAGGUGGCGCGCACAAAGUACGUCCGACCACGUAAUAUUCACAUUGCUCAAUUCGAAAGGCGCCGUAGCCAAAGUUCUUACUUGCGCCGAACUGCACAAGAAAGCCGAGCGCAUCGGUAAUCUGUUAUUAGAGAAGGGUCGCGUCAACACAGGGGACCACGUGGCGCUGAUAUUCCCACCGGGACUUGAUCUCAUCUGCGCUUUCUACGGAUGUUUGUACGUGGGUGCCGUCCCGGUGACCAUAAGGCCCCCGCACCCGCAGAACCUCCACACCACACUGCCCACGGUGCGCAUGAUCGUGGACGUCAGCAAGGCGACGCUAGUCCUAUCCAACCAGUCUGUGAUAAAGCUGCUUAGAUCCAAGGAAGCGAGCAACGUUCUCGACAGCAAAGCCUGGCCUGUCACGCUCGACACGGACGACAUGCCCAAGAAGAAGUUACCUAUCUUAUACAGAGCUCCGACUGCAGAGAUGCUCGCGUAUUUAGAUUUCAGCGUGUCCACGACGGGAAUGCUGGCUGGAAUUAAGAUGUCGCACGCAGCGGUCACGUCCCUCUGUCGCUCGAUGAAAAUAGCCUGCGAACUGUACCCUUCGCGCCACAUAGCCUUGUGUCUCGACCCGUACUGCGGGCUGGGAUUCGCUCUAUGGUGUCUCAGCAGCAUCUACUCGGGUCACCACUCUAUCCUGAUCCCCCCGUCGGAAGUAGAAAUAAACCCAGGGCUCUGGCUGAGCGCGGUCUCGCAAUACAAAGUCCGCGACACUUUCUGUUCAUACGGCGUCAUGGAAUUGUGCACUAAAGGUUUGGGCAGUUCAGUUAAUCAACUCAAAGCGAAGGGCAUCAAUCUGGCGUGCGUGAGGACAUGUGUAGUGGUCGCAGAAGAGCGGCCGAGGAUUAAUUUGACGAACUCGUUUUCAAAACUCUUUUCGGCUCUCGGCCUCAGUCCGCGAGCGGUGUCGACGUCCUUCGGAUGCCGGGUAAACAUAGCCAUAUGCUUGCAAGGCGCGAGUAGUCCAGAACCGUCUACGGUGUACGUAGAUCUGAGGGCUCUGAGGAACGACCGCGUGUCUCUAGUGGAACGAGGCAGCCCACACUCACUUUGUUUGAUGGAAUCCGGUAAAUUGCUGCCAGGAGUAAAAGUGAUAACUGCAAAUCCUGAAACUAAAGGGCAAUGUGGAGAUUCUCACCUGGGUGAGAUAUGGGUGCAGUCACCGCACAACGCGAGUGGAUACUUCACGAUUUACGGGGACGAGAGUGAUUACGCGGAUCAUUUCAGCGCUCAGCUCGUGACGGGGAACACUGGGGAAGUGUACGCGAGGACGGGAUACUUGGGCUUCUUGAGGAGGACGGAGAUCAGUGCGACGGCGACGGGAGGCGACGACACGUCGAUACUGACACGCGACAGUGACACCGAGUCGUUAGCCUCCGCCUGGAGCGUGUCGGGGCUCGGCGCUGGAGACACGCACGACACUCACGACGCCGUGUUCGUCGUCGGCGCACUCGAUGAAACAAUCAUGCUGCGCGGAAUGCGGUACCACCCCAUCGACAUUGAAAACUCAGUCAUGCGGUGCCAUAAGAAGAUUGCUGAAUGUGCCGUGUUCACGUGGACCAACCUGCUGGUGGUGGUGGUAGAAUUGGACGGCAACGACAGCGAGGCGCUCAACCUGGUCCCGCUGGUGACCAACACGGUGCUAGAGGAGCAUCACCUCAUAGUCGGCGUGGUCGUGGUCGUCGACCCAGGCGUGGUGCCCAUCAACUCGCGCGGUGAGAAACAACGGAUGCACUUACGAGACGGGUUCCUUUCCGACCAGAUCGACGCUAUAUACAUUGCGUAUAACAUGUGAAUAGAUAGAGCUCGAUCCCAUGGCCGAUGCACGUCGUUUAGUGAGUUAAAAAAAAUGUGAAUACCGGUUUCUGAUGAACAAAUUAUGUUAAAUCGAGUAGAUAGACACACGCAGCCAUUUUACAGCUCAGAUUUUAAACCUUUUUAAUAGUACAUUAUGAUAUAAGUGCGGUAAGUUGAAGCCGAGGCGAUAUUGCAAGCUCGAGCCGUAAGCGAGAGCUACAGUAAGGAAGCAGAUAAUGUAAUUAUCAAAGCGCACGUAUGUCAUACGACGUUUUAUAACACAUUUGCGAGGAAACACACUUUCUGAAAAUGAUAUUGCAUCUUUGCCAUUUUGAUACGCUUGUCAUUUUUGCACAGAUAGCGAAAUGCGUGCGUUUUUUUUAGGCCAAUGCACCAAAAAAGCCAGUAGUAUUAAUAAAGCAAAUUAAUAUUUUUGUGUUUCUGUUACAGACAAAUGGUUGUCAUUUAUUGACAAAAUUAUUAAAAUGAAAUAAUUAAAUGUUUUUUUAAUAGAUUUUAUCUCACAAAGUUAAUAUUAUCCAUAAAAUGUUGAGCACUUUUCUGCCAUAAAAACUCUUUGCUAAGAUUUUAAAAAGUACCGUUUGUUUUAGACGGAUGAUAAACGUUUAAAAUUACAUUAAAAAUAAAUAAACAACAUUACAUCACAUGUGCGUUUUACUUUACAUUACGUCACAUGUGUGUAAAAUAAAAGAUAUUUUACGAGCAAAUGUGUUAUAAAAACUAUUAAAUUGAACAUGCAUCUUUUGCUUUAUUUUAUAAUAAUAGCACACAUUUUGAAUCGCUAAGCUUUGAAUCACUUAGUUCCUGUUUCUGUGGAAAAUUGAAUUGAUUUGAACUUACAGUAAUAAUUGCAUACGUUAUCUCAUCAUUUUGUUUAACAUAAGCUACAAAGCGUUCUACGGGUUUUUAGAAGUACUGACAACUGAUUCCUAAAAAUAUUAUCUAAUCAUUUAAGUGAUAGUGUUUUUAAGUGUCUUAAUCCAUAUACAUGUAAAAUGGCUCAACUUAGUAUCUAACUACUAGAAAUACCACGGAUUUUGUUCAUCACAAAAUUAACGACGUCUGCUGGCUCUGGAUCUUGGACCAUUAAGAGCAUUGGCGAUGGCCAUAUCGGGUGUUAGAUAUAUCUAUGUCGUUGUCGAUUUAGAAAAACUGUUUGGUGUUUUGAUGUACCCGAUCUGAACGGACCCAUCGUUAACAUCUAAGUUCCAGUAUAUAGACAACACAGAUUACCUAUUCGACUGUUUUAGAGUUAUAUAUUAAUUUUUAUUGCUAAAAUAUUUUGUUACGUGUGUGUAAGGAAAUUGAAUUUUAUAUAAUUUUUUUGUUUCCCCUGGGAUUAUCAUUUGCAAUACUUUUUGAAACUCCUCUCGAUGUUGAUUUAUGUUGUUCAAAGCGAAGCUUUAGAUCUAAGAUUUAUUUACUGAAUAAUUUGAAUGUUCUGGCUCAAAUUCCUGUAAUAUUGGAAAACUUGUUAUAAUUAUGUUGAUGAACAUUUUACUAUGUAUAAAACAUUUUUGUAUUAUUGCAUUUCUAUAAAUAAGUGUACUCACACAAGACUGGGAGACUCAGCCUAUGAACUUUUUUAUUCAAUUUUUAUGGUUUCUUUUUUGGGCAACUCGUCUUGUGUACUAAAAAUGUUAAAUUUAAAAUAAUAUCUGUCAUUCUUAGAAAAUUUUACACAAUACGCAUGAUAUUUUUCUAUAUUUCGGACAAUAACGUUUCGACUGCUUUAUGUCGUUAGACGAAAUCACGUCGCCAGCUAUUUUAUUUAUUAUGGAACGAAUAGCUUGUAUCUCUCACUUUUUAAUGUUUUUUUUUUUUUUAGUGUAAGUAUGUAAUGUACGUGCAUAAUAUCGAUUCGUAAUGGCACAAUAUUUGUUUAGCCGACUUGCACCCAUCUGUAGGCCUAAAAUGCGAUCAUCAUAUCUCGAGACGAGAUAUACAAAUAAAUGUCAAACAAUUUCAGCGGAAUAGAAAAUAUAGCUCUAUCUUUAUAACGAAAGAGAGAGAAAGCUAAUAUUUCAACACCACCGCUAUUGGUCGGCAAUAAAUCUUCUGACAGAUAAAUGACAACUAACAGCAGCGAAAUCUGAAACAUCGCUCUCUCACACUUUUAUUGUGUUGGGAAGAAAGAGAGAGCGAUAUUAGCCGCCGCCGCUAUUGGUCGGUGUCCUUUUUCCCUUCACGAGAUACGUUAAUGCAUGCUAGGUCUACUGGGUUUAGAUAGGACAUGUCUUGACUGGCAGGCUACUGGUUUGACCGUCGUCUUUUAGUUGUAAGGAAACUCGCAUGUCAGGUAUACGGACAUGGGGAUAUAUUCUAGGGAGAUGUCAAUAUAGUCAAUGAGUAUUCAGCAGUGUAUCGUUUUAUAUAAACAAUUGGGUGUUUGACUUAAAUAAUCACAAUUUAUUCACAUAUGUUUCGCUUAUUUUUGAGAGUUAACAUUAUUACAUUAAAUUAAAAAAAACAUACAUACAGCCGAACGUAGAACCUCCUCCUUUUUGGAAGUCGGUUAAUAAAGAUAGCAAAAGUUGUUUGACCUUAAAUAAGUUACCCUAAUAUUUCUGAAGUUAAUAUUUGACUAAUUGAACUCUAUUGAAGUAUUAAUUUUUUGAUGGAUAGAUUUACCUAAAAAUAUGAUCUGACGAAAAAUUAAAUGACUUCAUUUCUCAUAUGGAAAUAGAAUAAGUAUGGACACAAGUAUAGAAAAUAAAAGAGAAAUAUAAUAAUUCCUCAUUAAUACAUAUAAUAUAAUUGAAAAAAUAUUAAAACAACACUACAGAACAUUAAAAAAAAUAUAGUAUGUUUGUUCAUACCGUGUUCUUUAAAAAUAAUUAGAAAAGUAUUGUUAAAAAAAACAUACCUACGUACGAAUGUAGAACCUCCACUUUUUUGGAAGUUGGUUAAAAUCAGUCAAACGCCCAAUUAUAUUGUUGUGAUUAUUGUGAAAAAAGUAAUUUCUAUUGCUAGUUUGUAUGUAAAUGUAAUUUUAUUACCACUGGUAAUAUAUUAUUUUAGUGUUAGCAAUUAAUGAUAAACCAACAAAAUGUACUGCAUUUAAUGUGUUAGUUUCACCUUAUUUCAAAAAUUUACUGUAAAUGUAUUCAGUAUACAGUUUUCUAGUUAUCUGUUAAGCUUUCUUCAAAACGAAAACCCACUUAACAUACCAAUAAAAUAUUUAAAAUCAUUUGUUAAAAAUUAAUUUUUCUAACACUUUAUUUAGACUUUACUUAUAUAGGCAGGAAUAAGCAGUUUAUAGGGAUUAUAUUAUAGAAAAAAAAUCUUCACAUUAUGUUUUUUCCACACGAUCUCUCUUCUUAAUUGUAAUAAAUAUGGUGUAGUAUAUAUGAUGUAUCUGGGUGUACCCUAGUUAAUAGAUUGUAAUGUUGCUCUAAGACUACAUGCAAAUCGGUUAUACCGUGCCGCCUCACAUUACCGUGAAAUCUUUGACCUCUUAUAAUAAAAGGACGCACAAUCAUGUAGAAAAAUUCACUUAAAAACUGGCCAAUUUUGUUUUGACAGCUUUAAAAUUAUUGGUAAAGAUUAUUACACCUAAAGGCCUUUAAAUAUAGUCCAAUAUUCAAUAAAAUCUCAAAUUCAGAGCAAAUUCAACCUUAAGUAUUGAGUAUAAGGUUGAAUUUGCAAAUGCGACUACUUGAAUUGAGUGCCAAGAAGUUGUGUUUGGCACUCACUGAGUGGGGACUUUUUUUGGUCGCUGAUUGUGCAUCCACUUUAUAAUAGGAGAUCGAUGAGUGAAAUACGUAUAUUUAUUAAAAGUGGCGGAAAACAAUGUUCUUAUAUUUAUAUACUUCACAAACUUCACCUUUAUUGGUACAGUGGUGAUUCAAAAAAAUAGGAUCGCCAUUUUUUUAUUAAUUAUUUUAGAAAAAGCGAAAGCUAAGCUACCAUUGAUAUCUGUGCCAAUGAAUAUCAUCUGUAGUAGACGGAGAGCCAGCAUCAGCCAGACCUUCGUCUUUUUAUAAAAGCUUAAAAUUUUGUCAGUUUAUGCUCCUGCUAUAGAUGAGUACCGUGACCUAACUACACUUUGCUUAAUCGCAAACUUUCGCUAGAUACUCUUGAAGUUUCAAAUUAAAUAGGGUUUUUCGAAGGGUAGCCGUGAAGCUAAGUGACUGGGGAUAUAAUUUCUCAUAAUAUUAUGCCGAGGAAAACUAAAAAGAAGAAGAAGGAGGAAAAGAAAAAAAAGAGGAGGAUUGAGGGUCUGGUUCCUUAUAACCUGCUACCUCUCAAAGCCACCACGGUACAAACUCCAUAAUUGGCUACUGUACUUACUUAAGGUACUCCUGGGAGCAUGAGCUGACAAACUUUCAGCUUUUGUAAAAUGACGAAAGUGUGGGGUUCACAGGCUCUAGACUAUAGUAUUUUAUGUUAUUAAUGAAUGUUUAAUCUAAUUCCGAAAAUAUCUCAUUUAUAUUCAUUUAAAUAAUUGAAAUAUUCAUUUAUUAGUAUAUUAAUUUUGUUAAUAAUAAUAAUAUAAAGCAGUUUAUAAUGUGAUUAUAACAUAUUUAUGGCUGCUAGUGUAAUAAGCGCCGGCGCAUAUCUGACGACUCUUCGAUGUGUCACUGUCGACCUUUUAUGACAUCGCUGAUCACUUUUUUUUAAAGAAUAUUUGAAAAAAAGAAAGCGAGGAUCGAACCACCAUCCCUUUGCGAUGAGUCCGACCGCUCUUACCUUUGAGCUAUUAAGGCUAUAAAUCAUUGUUAACUUAUAUUUGAUUUUAUUUUACCCUCAGUAACAAUUACUGUAUAUUACAGCGUCGUUUCAGAUAUGAAUCAGCCUUAAGACUGCUAUUGGUUUGGUGCACCAUUUUAUUUAGAUAAUUAUAAUAAACUACAUAAUUAUGCAUAUUUAUUUUGAAAUUUUAAUGUUGCCAAAAGUCUGUGGGGUCUUUAUUUAAUCCAUGUUGGUUGUUAGUUUUGAUAAUCCAAACUAACGUUAAUUACAAUUAUUUCGUUUUGAUAUUUAUAUACCGGGCUUAUAAAAUAGUGUAUGAUGUACACAUUUCUUUCAUGAAAAGAAUUUACUCGUAGCGAACUAUUUCGAUCUAAGUUUAAUACUUGGACUGCUCCCAUCCAGCCACAUUGUGAACAAUUGAAGACUAAAGAUAUUCCACGAUUUGUGGUAAUGGUUAAAGGAGAUGGUCCAAAAUUGUAUGGAGCCCAGGAUCAGUUAUUGUACCCUGGCGAAAAUAAAAGAAAAUAUUUUUUUAACUAUUUUUGAUUAAACAAAUCUACGAAUUUACUUUAUUUUUUUCGAAAUAGAAAUAUUCAUUCUCUCCCAAGAAAUGCAACAUUAAUAAGUGUAAUAAUGGCGGAUUGAUGACGUUUUCAAUGCAGUAGUCGAUUUGACGUUUACUGCCAAUUGUCAUAUUAUUGUUGCUUUAAGGGCGCCAUCUUGUUAUAACUCGAAAACUUGGGUUUAAAUUUUAUUUAUUUCUUUUUAUUUAGUUAGAUUUAUUCACUUAUUUAGAUUUUAAUAUAAUCCUUGUAUUUUUUUUUAAUUUUUAAUGAUACGGGGUACAAGAGUGGACCUGAAAUGGACCAUCUCCUUAUGCUCUUAACUUAUUCCAUUCCAGUACAAACGAGUAUGUUUUUAGUGACAUGCAGAAUAUUUAUAUAUUUUUUUCUGUAUUGUUAUAUUAAUUUCUCAAGUACGGCUCGUGUCUAUCUCACAAUGUUUUAAAUAAAUAAUAUUUCUUGGAAACCACAAAACAAAACAGUGUUUUUGUUUUUACUUUAAAUAUAAUUUAACUAAUUUAUUUUAAUGGAAGGUGUCAAUUAAUCGCUUUGCAAUUACUCUUAAAAGAAAGCGGGUACUUAGACCUCAUGGCCCUAGUGUUUCCCCCAGCGUUAGUGACCCCAAAUGGCUUUAAAUAAGUAAUCUCUAACGAGAUUGCUGUAUUUGCACCUCUUGAGGUUUGCUCUCUGCUGCAGCAGCAGCAAAUGUGUCUACGCAAGUUGCGUCUCACACCAAAGGCCUACCCAUCUUCAAUCAAUGAAACUAUAGUUUACUUGUAUUUUUCAUAAAAGGGGCCCUAGCCUUAAAAAUGUUAGCAAACCUAAGUGCAUUUUUUUUAUCGUUGCCUUGUUGGAUUAUGUUAUCGAUAGAUACCGCGAUGAAAAAGUUAUUAAUUCAUGAAAGGUUAAUAACAAUAAAAAUAAUUGAAUAUUUUUAUAACCAGAGUGAGAUUUACACUGCUGCAACAUGUAUGGGCUAUUUUACUUUAUUACUCUUUUUUUUUAUUUGUAAUUAUUAUUUAUUGGUAAAUUGUACAUAUAUUUUUGUUGUCUAUUUUAAUUUUUACAAGAUGAUGAUUUUUGUAGCCUUAUAUUAUUUUGGAGUAAAUAUUAGUCAGUGAAUUAGUAAUAGGAGAAAUUAAAUUGAUUUAUAAUAAGAAUAAUAAUUAAUUAUAUUAUGUCGGUAUUCGGAAUUCCUUUAUUAUUAUUUUAUUUUUUACUUUAUAAAAGUAUAAUUUCUAUCGUAUUUUCAAACAUAGUCAUGUUACAACAUAAGUAUAAAAGUAGUUCUAUAAAAUCUGAUUAGUGAACAAAUGUCAUAUUUGUAAUCCUUCUUUAUUAAAGUAAUGCAUAGUAUAUUGGUUCGAGGUCCUGCAGCAACUUUGUUUUCCUGAUUUUUAUCGAAAUUUGUCAAAAUCGUUGUAUAUUCAUGACGCUCGUUUUUAAAAUAGUGUAAUAUUAAAAGUAUGUACGCACAAAAUUGUAAGCAUUUUGGCAACUUUUUGGAUAUUUAUCGUUUAUAGAUGUUUUUUACUUCAUUGUCGAAAAAUGAUCUGUUGGGACUUUGUAACCGCUUUUACAAUUAUUGUGAUUUUUUCUGAUGUAUGAUUAAAUAAACAUGCAACCUGA